UUUUGUGGCCGAGCCAAGACACUCGGUGCUAAAUACUUGCUCGUCUCCACAGGGUUAUUUCGGUUCGUGAUGUCGAUGCUGAGGCACAAAACAAUCUGGAACUAAGACAAGGGAACCACAUCACGCGAAAUAUGGUGGAUGCGAGGCUGACACCCCUGGCGGCGAUGGGGCUGGACCGAGGCGCCCUGAUCCACGAUGGUCUUCGCCUCCACGGUGGCGUUGUAUAUCCGGGGAUCAGAACGCUGCAGACAGAGAAGAGUCGAGAGGUGGCUGUUCUCCCUUUGGGUUACAAUCGGGAUGGGCUACCCGAGCUCGUCUACAAGCCGGAUGGCCCUCUGGACAGUCGUAAACCCACAAAUGGAUACCUGGGCCUCUAUAAGGGCAUCCCUCCUAAUCUCCACAAGCCGGUGCUAAUUCCAGGAGCGGAAGGUUUAAGCUUGGACCGACGGUUGGCACCUGGGGAAAAAGCACCUGAAAUGAGCUUAGGGAGCAGCGGCAGUAGCUUCCUCCGUCUGCCGUGGCUCAACCCUUACCCGGAGGCGAGCAUGUAUCCCUUCAUGGACUCGUCCAAGUAUGCCACUCUGAACAUGUACAAAGCUUCGUUGCUCAGCCAACCCAACCCCUACCUCCCCCAGCAUCUUGCUUACCCUUCUCUUUGUGCGCCCCAAGGCGGCAAUGUCAACCCCGUUGCAGUCACCUCCGCUGCCGAAAGGCUCUACUAUAUGCCCACUUAUCCACCUCCUACCAUGUCCUCUCCCCUCGUGGCCCCCCAAAUGAGGAUCCCUCCUGUCUCUGUGGCCCCCACGUCCCUUGUGCACUGCCAGGACAAAGGCUUGGGCGUCGCUCCGCCGUUUGUACAGCAGCUUCACCAGCCUUCCCCGCAUCCUCAGCAUCAUCCGCCUGCUAUUGACAGGGAGCGAUCGCCCAAUAGGAGCAGUCGACCGAGCAGACCUCCCUCGAGGACCGGCAGCGGUGUCGGCAAUAACGGCAGUAGUGCGAGCGCCAGCGCUGCCAGCAGCGGAAAUAACAACCUGCCUACUGACUCCUCACCGCGUGCAUCCUCUCGUCUCCCCCAGACCCUCAUUGACAAUUCACUGGAUCUACAACGGCCAGUCGCGAGGAUGGGACAACCGCCCGUCUCUUCGGCUUCGAUAUCGUCGUCGUCUGCCACGCAGCCCGUUUCGCAUCUGCUGUCGGUCGGCAGCAUGGCGUCGGAACAGGCCUCCCCCGCCAGGCCACGGCCAAGGGACGGGGUGCCGGGUGCUGAAAGGAGACCCAGCAGGUCACCGUCAAAGUCCAGUUUUGACAGGGCCCCUCACCAACCCCAAGCAACCAAAGAAACGACAGAGAAGCCGUUGGAUUUGUCCGGAAGAAUACUGGAGUUUGGACUUCCUAAUGGUUUCCCGAUUAAGAUGGACGCUAUUGCUCCAGGUGCACGUUAUGGACUUCCCCCGAGCGGAGAACUCCUAAAAGAGAACCUAUCCCUCUCUCCCUCCUCCCACCCUCACUCUGUGGUCAACAGCACUUCUGCAAAGGUCUCAGAGAGACCAGAGAUGAUCAGCACUUUACACUCCUCCUGGGUAGUACCUAGCCGGUCUCCCACUCAAACUCAGCACGGCCCGGGCUUAUCUUCCUCUCCCAGACCGAGCGCGGAUGUGGGGGGGUCUUCACAAGCCAAAGGCUCCUCGCCCUCUGUCAUCAAACACAAGAAUCUGGAAAGAGUGCUCCCUCAGCCGCGUAGCUUGUCCUGUCCUAGGAUAAGUGAGCCCAACUCCGUUUCUUCGGAUUCCUCCCUCAUCACGUCCAGGGUUCUGUCUCCCAAAUCAAACGGCGAUUGGGCCAAGCACAGCCCUCUUCAAUCGGACCAUUUACCAGUCAUGGGCCACCACAGAGAGGGAGCGGAGAAGUCCUCCCAGAACGCGAAGAGAACGGAAAGCAUUCCGGAGCCGUCGUCGUACAAAAGGCCCAUGGUGGAGAACGGUCACCCGGCCGGGCCCCUUUACCUUCCUCAAAGUGACGCUUACCUAACCCACAGUUUGGCCUACGCCAAUAGAUAUCUGCACUACCCCAUCCCUGACAGCAUGGCACUUCACUCCCUGCCAAUUGCGGGCAAAGGUCCAGUCUACCCUCACCCGGUCUUGCUGGGCAGCAAUAGCCUUUACCCAACCCACUUGGCAGCGAAACCCCCUUUGCCCUACCAUAACCUACCGCCCGCAUCCGGAGCAGAGUACCUUGCUUAUAACUCACAGGAGAUGUCCCACCCGCUCAUGCAGUCUCACUCUGAUAACAAGCAUUCAGAAAGAGGGGACGGCAGCCUGAAAGCGCGGGCGCACGAGAAAUCCAGGGCUUCGUUUGAAGAAAGAGACAAGAACUUGAGCAAGGAGAUGAGAGAGGGGAGCCAGAUCAAAUCAGAUAAAGAAGCAAUAGCACAAGAGCAAAGUGGCAGUCAAACGAAAACUUCGUCUCCGCCUGCGGCGCACCGAGAAAAGAUCGAAUGCAUUGACCUCGUCCACUCGGACACCGACGCCGAGUUGACGCCAACGGUCCCGAAACAGACCUCCGGUGAAUCCUCAGCUCUCGACCAAAAUGAUCGUUACCAUAGCAACCAAAACCCAGCGAGGGCGGAGUACGAACCAAAAUUUCACCUUUCCCACCCUUACCCUAUCCUUUCCGGACACAGCCCGACCCAAAAGCCCCAUCCCACGGACCGACAGCAGGAAACUACCUACGGAAAGCCAAAGGCCGUUCAGGACGCGGGCUGUCCUGCAGCGACAACGAGCACAUCCCCAAAUAAUCCUGGAAAGCUCUCCCGGGACGAAGAGGAAGACUCCUCGGCGGAACAGUGCACCAGCCCGGAGCCCGCGGACGAUGACCAGAGUACCUUGCGUUGCGCCCGCACGUCCGGUGAGCGCAGCUCUGGUAAGGACAAAGGGGCACGGGACGGCAGAGCUCCUCACUUCACUCCAAAUAGCACAGUUAUGGCCAAAGAGGUGAACCGGGAUGCGUUGAAGUGUCGAGACGCUGAAAACGAAGACGGCGUCGUGGACCUCGGGGAGUCUCAAGGAGAGGGUGACGACGAGGAUGACGAAGAUUGCCAGAACUCUAAAGGCUCUCGCCGUUCCAGUCUGGCCAAGAGAAUUGCCAACUCGUCGGGCUACGUCGGCGACCGCUUUAAAUGCGUCACCACGGAGCUGUAUGCUGACUCCAGCAAGCUGAGCCGCGAGCAGAGAGCUCUGCAGAUGGAAGUCAUAUCACGAGAGGGGAGUAAUAUAAGUCAACCUGCAGCUAACUGGGAGCGGGCGAUGAUGCGGUUCUCAGAGCUGGAGCUGAAGGAGAAGGAGGGCGGCGGUGGCAAUGUGUGCGUGUCUGCCCCAACAGCGGGACGAGAGCUGGCAGACAGCCAACGCAGAGAGCGAGCGCUGGAACUCGGCCAAUACGCCACCCGGCAUGGGGAGAGGGAGGGUGUCCUGCUGGCGUACUCCAAUAACCGGGUCCCAGUUCUUCAAAGAUGUGGCGCCCAAAGAGAAUCCCCCAGCCUGAGCGACAGCGUUCGCAUGCUGCGGUUGGAGUCGGAAAGGGUUCUUCCCCCGACCUCGGCGGCGAGGGAGUCUCCCGAGGAGGCCCUCGGUCAUGACUUUGGCGCCGGCAGGAAGCGCCUGUGCGUUCUCAAGGUGGAGCAGGACUCUGAGCAGGAGGAAGACGAGACCGCGUUCCACCCUCAGAAAAGAGCCAAGAUGUCUGCCGACGAGCACGAGCAGACCAGCGCUGACGACGACGCCGAAGACGAAGAGGACGAUGAGGUGCGGAAGCUCAAAGUGUGCAUCGAGCUGAAGGGGCUGCGGCUGAGCAAGCCCACCCAGGGGGGCGCUUCUCCCGACCGUCCCCCCAUCAAACAAGAGCAGCCGUGGUCCCGCUUGCUCGGCCCCACGCAGACCCAGCGAGAGCGCGACGAGCGAGCGCUGGCGCAGAGAGCCGACAUCAACAGGAAGUGGGGAUGCGAAAGACUGCUCAACGGAGUCGGCGCACCUCCCCUUCACCCCGGCGGCCAGCUGAAGGACAGAGUGCACCCGCCGGGCCCCUUCUCAGGUGACCGUGGCCUCAAGGAGCCUCGGCGCGGCCCUCCCUCCCCGGGCACGGAGCCCUCGCUGGGAGGCGCUCCUCCUCUCAAGCUGCGUCGUCAUAGCGACGCGGACAAACCCAAGGGCAAGCGGCCGUGCAAGACCAAACACACCAGCCAGCGAGAGCGUGAGAGGAGAAAAGAGGCUGCGCCGAACAGCCCCGGCCAGCAUUUCCCGGCUGAACCGGGAAGCGCCGAGGACGACAAGCUGAGUGAACAGCGAGAGGCUCCGAGGAAGCGAGCUGCCUCUCCUAAUCAUUAUCCGUGCUCUCCAGUCAAGCCCUGCUCCCCCGCCGCACUCUGUCCGUCCCCGCCGCAGCCCCAGGCCAACGGCAGAGUGGGCGGCGUCCCGCCAGAGGUCAUCGGGGCGCAACGGAUGCCCGCCGCCGACGCCCCGGUGGUGCGGCCCAUCCCGCCCGAAGCCCGCCGGCUGAUCGUGAACAAAAAUGCCGGCGAGACACUCCUCCAGAGAGCGGCGCGUCUGGGCUACGAGGAGGUGGUGCUCUACUGCCUGGAGAACCGAGUGUGCGAGGUGAAUCACCGAGACUACGCCGGCUACUGCGCCCUGCACGAGGCCUGCGCCCGCGGCUGGCUCGGCAUCGUCCAGCACCUGCUGGACUACGGGGCCGACAUUAACUGCAGCGCGCAGGACGGCACCAGACCCAUUCACGACGCAGUGGAGAACGACCACCUGGACGUGGUGCGCGUCCUGCUGUCAUACGGCGCCGACCCCACCUUGGCAACGUACUCGGGCCGAGGCCUCCUCAAAAUGACCCACAGUGACAUCAUGGAGCGCUUCCUCACCGAUUAUUUUGCUGACCUUCAGGGCCGCGCAGAUGACGACCCCGCAGUUUAUUGGGAAUUCUACGGCAGCGCCGUGUGUGAGUCUGCCGAGGAGGGCGGCGCCUACGACAUCCUGGCAGACCCGCCGGGUCCUGACGACAACGAUGAGGACGACAAGAGGGAGGUGUUUGAGUUUGAGUUCUCCGACCGGCCCCUGCUGCCCUGCUACAACAUCCAGGUGUCCGUCUCUCAGGGGCCUAGGAACUGGCUACUCUUGUCCGAUGUGCUCCGCCGUUUGCGCAUGUCGGCCCGCGGCUUCAGGCAGGCCUUCCCCCACAUGGAGGUGGUGACGGUAUCCGAGGCCGAGUUCUACCGGCAGGCCUCGCUGUCGCAGCUCUUCUCCUGCCCCGAGGAGCUGGAGGGCUUCCAGCCGGACAGCAAGGAAUUGCUGGACCUGGUGGAGGACAGCGCUGAAUUGGCUGCCCUACUGGGCUCCACGCUGGAGUGCCUGGAUGACCGCUGGGAACAGGCCAGGGACAAACUGAAGGACAGGAUCAAGGCGGCCGGGCAGGUGGGCCUUAUCUUUAACCCGGCUCACAACAAGCACUGACCUCCUUCACCCUCUCGAGCUGCGGUUGGCUUUCCGGUCCAUCGGGAGUUGAUAUCCUGCCUGGAAUUCCCCGCCCGGCACUGUACAUAGACUGUUGUGGACCUGCUAGCUGACCCGGCCCGUGUUAGCUUAGCCAUACGUUUGACUUUCAAUAACUGAUGGUUGUAUUUUUUAUAAAUUAAUAUAUGUACAAAUAGAUAUAAAUAAAUAUAUGUAUGUACAUAUACAUAUAUGUGUGUGUGCGUGUGUGUGUGUGUGUAUGUACAUAAUUGUUUUUUUUCUUCUUUCGGAUAACCAGACGCCGCGUGAGCGCAGCACAUUGUGCAUGUGUGCUAUUGAAUGUGCUAUUUGAGUUCACAGGGAGCACAUGAUGUACAAUUCUUUUUGUUGUAUCUUUUUUUUUCAUUUUGUAAUGUUCAAAUUGUGCUUCCUGUCCAGUCUGUAAUUUAACACGCAAAGCUACAGCGUUGAUUGUAUAAUAAAGUUCUAUUGUAAUACUGAUCUUCA